AAGUCAAUGUAAAAGGUGUGCAAGAUCAGAAAGCACUUAUCUCGGUGUACCGUGUUGACUGUGGUACAAUGUGGGUAAAUGAAACGUUAAAAAUUAACUCCUAUAUAUUCUGUUACUCACACAUUUCCAGUUUACUCUGUCAUAAGUAAACUACUUCCAAAAUGAGGGAGCGUCAAUCUUCUUUCGAUGAAUACUCAAAAACGCUAAAUGUAUCGGAACUCUCGCCAGAAGACAAGACUCGCACCCUUACUUCUGGUGUAGAAUGGUAUUAGCUUUUCUUCAACCCAUUCAUCUCAAAAUUAUGCCUUCUCUUGUGUAUUUUGAGGAACAACAAGCCAUGAAUCAGGAACGGCAAGUGUCUCCCCAGUGGCUUGUUGACCAAAUCCGUCAUCACGGCCAAGUUCUGCCCUUGGACUGCCGUUCGUGCACCGAGUACCGCCUCUCCCACGUUCAUGAUGCCAUAAGUGUUGUCAUACAGGCCUCUACUAUAAUGUUACGUAGACUUUCAAACGGAAAAUUAACUGUUUCAAGUUUAAUCAGGGAUAAUGAAAGCCGUGAAAAGUUCACCAGAUUAAGCCAAACGCAUAUUAUCGUUUUAUACGACAAAAAGGGGGAAGAAUCUAUUAGUAUUCUUACCACGAUGCUACGAAGACUCGAGCAAGAUGGCUGUCGUGCUGUUUGUUUACAAGGCGGGUUCGAGAACUUUCAACUCCAGUUUCCGGAAUGGUGCGAAUCAGUGGGCCAGGAAGUUAAUCCAGUAGAACCAGAAAUAUUUGGUCUAGAAACACUUCGUAUUACACCACCUGACUGUGUAGCAUCUGGUCGAGAUCGCUGUGAUAGCGGCUACACCAAAGACUAUUCUGUCAGCCCUAGUGACACGUCAUUUCCGGUCGAAAUAAUACCAUACCUCUUCCUGGGAAAUGCUGAAAACUCCCGGGAUUUAGAAGUUCUUGAGAAACAUCGCAUCAAAUACAUAUUAAAUGUGACUCCAGAUCUGCCAAAUGUAUUUGAACAAAAAGGACUUGGUUUUCAAUACAUGCACAUUCCAAUUCAAGAUCACUGGUCGCAAAACCUAGGAAGCUUCUUUGGAAAGGCAAUCACAUUCAUUGAUGAAGCCCGCCAGAGAAAACAGGGUGUACUGGUGCAUUGUCUGGCGGGAGUUAGUCGGUCAGUAACUAUCACCUUAGCUUACCUAAUGCAGAAAAUGAACAUGCCUCUGAAUGAUGCUUAUGACUUUGUUCGACAACGAAAAGCUAACAUUUCGCCAAAUUUCAACUUUUUGGGGCAGUUAAUGGACUUCGAACGACAGUUGAAUUUGACACCGUGUUGCUUGGUGUGUCACGUAGCACCGUGUCAGUGUCAAACAUUUCAUUUCAUGACCCCUUCUCAGUUCACACCUGACUCCGGGAUCGACAUUUACCGCUAGUUGUACGUCUUAAUUAUAUUGUUGUUGUUUUUUUCGUGUGUGACAGUUGAGAGCGAAUGUUCUACUAUGGUACAUCUUGACGUGCGGUUUCCAAUUGGCGAAUCUUGCAAGAAUGGGAAAGCUAAAAGAGAAACUGACCGGCUGUGUUUAUUUGUGGAUUUCAGUGAAGAAAAAAUGACGUAGACGAUUAAUCUACUCUUUGAUUCGCCACUUCCGCAGCAGCAGACUAGUUUCGCCGAAUUCACAGCUCAUCAGUGCUGCUUGGAAGUGGUGAGUAAGAGAUCAUACACCAAGACCAAAAAGCAAGUGUAUUUAUACACUUUGCUGCGAAGAUGUAUUAAUAUACAAAAAAAAGAACUAGUAAAUUUUUAUAAUAUAAAUAUAUUGUCAGUGUUAAAGUUAUUUCAAAGGACCUGUGCUGGCAUGGUUCUUUUUUAAAGUUUAAUAAAAUAAUGUUCUGAUUUUAAAAUUUUGUAUAUAUUCGUUUUAUACAAUUGAGUACUCUGUAUUCUGAGAUAUUGACAGGUAACAUGUCUAUACAUAUAUAUAUAUAUAUGUGUGUGUGUAUCGUGUCGCAGCUCUAGUUAUUGACAGGUAACAUGUCUAUAUAUAUAUAUAUAUGUGUGUGUGUGUGUGUAUUGUGUCGCAGCUCUAGUUAUUGACAGGUAACAUGUCUAUAUAUAUAUAUAUAUGUGUGUGUGUGUGUGUAUUGUGUCGCAGCUCUAGUUAUU